AUGACCUUUCCCGACAACGACUGCGCCCACCACGCCAGCAGUCCCCCCGCCCAACAGCCUCGCGUCUGCUGGUACAAGAAGCCCAUGUUUGACUUCUGGCAGAGCCUACUUGCGGCUCUGGAACGUCUCGCCAUGUUGCCCUCGCUCCUCCAUUCCGUGCUGCCGUCGCUGCCUUCGCGGAGGCGCACCCGCGAUGCCGUGCGGACCUAUGACCGGUCCAUGGACGACCUGUUGCGCGAGAUCCAGCGCCUGCUUGAGGCUCCACUGGACCCUGCACAGCUGCUGCACAUGUCCGGGAGGCUGCAUGACCAGUUUGCGCCGAAGCUCCAGGCGAGCGACAUUUGCAUGCUGCCUUCAUACAACCACAAGCUCCCCACCGGCCUCGAACAGGGCACCUAUCUGGCGCUGGACGUCGGUGGUUCUACCUUCCGCGUCGCUGUCGUGGAGCUAAACGGCCACCAACCCGUCGCCAAGAGUAUGCGCAUCGUCAACAUGAAGAGUUACAAGAUCGACAACUCGGUACGACACCUCCGCGGUACUCAAUUCUUCGACUGGAUGGCCGAGAAGAUCGAGACAGCCAUCUCAGAUCCGCAGCUGAAGAGGAUCAAUGGCGCCGGCACCUUCGCCAUGGGCCUAGCCUGGUCCUUCCCCAUCGAGCAAACAUCAACUCGCUCUGGCAACCUUCUUGCCAUGGGCAAAGGCUUCCGUGCGACUGAGGGCACGCUUGGCCAAGACCUGAGCGAGCUGAUCAUGGCCCCUUGCAGAACGAGGCAUCUGCCUGUGCGACUAGACUCGAUAGUCAACGAUUCGGCAGCAACGUUGUUGUCACGUGCCUACGAAGACCCAGCAACACGAUUUGCCGUUAUUCUUGGCACAGGCUUCAACAUUGCCGUGCAUCUCCCCACUUCAACUCUGGCUUCUUCCAAGUAUAAAGGAUACCCGCAGAAAUGGCGAGACGAGGCAACCCACGUUCUUGUCAACACCGAACUCAGCAUGUUCGGCGGUAAGACCGUAUUCCCAAUGACACGAUGGGACGAGCAGCUCAACGACGCCCAUGUCCGCCCGGAUUUCCAGCCUUUUGAGCACAUGAUCAGCGGUCGCUACCUGGGAGAGCUUGUCCGAUUGAUCAUAGUAGAGGCAGUACGUACAGCGGGGCUGUUCGGAGGAGAAUUGCCGGACAAACUCAACGAAGCGUAUUCGCUUGAUGCGGGUACCAUUGCAGCUUUAGAGAUGGAUACGUCCAAGAACCUGACCAACGGCGUCGCUUUAUUCCAAACGAAACAUCCACUCAGCAGACCUCCCACUUAUAACGACAUCCACUUCAUCCGACAAAUUUCUCAACUCGUGGCUCACCGCGCAGCUGCCUUCCUAGCCGCCGGGAUCCACUCGUUAUGGAUUCUCCGCACAACAUCAGAGGGCCUGACACCAGCCACUGCUGGCAAGAUGGCGAUUGGAUGCAACGGAUCUAUUAUCGAAAAGUAUCCACUGUUCCGCGAGCUUUGCCAGUCGCAUCUGGAUGAGUUGACUGCCGCCUCUGGAGCGGAGCCAAGGCCGAUUUCUCUCGAGAUCGCCAUUGAAUCUGCCAUCUUCGGUGCUGCUGUUGCAGUAUGCUGUCUCGAAGAAUAA